AUGAGAUAUCUUAGCGAGAGAGAAAUCUUGGCCCAAACAAGGGAAACUUUUUUUGUGUGUGUGAAAGUUGUAGCCUUUGAUCCAAACAAGCCUCAGAUUCAAGACUACGUUCGCAUUCUGGUUCGGUUUGAUGUGUCUAGACCUCUGUGGAAGUCGAAAGUUGUGAACUUACCGGAGGGGGGUUCCACGGUUGUCCAUUUCAACUAUGAGAGAGUUAAGAAGAGGUGCUAUGAAUGUCAACGAUUGAAUCAUGAGAAGGAUGUCUGUCCGUUGAUAGUUAGGAAACGAAGAGAUGAUGCAACGCAGAGAAGAGAGCGAGUCAUGAUGGAUGUCAAUCAAAACAAGCCUAUCCUUACACCUGGUGACCCGCUUUUUGGAGUUCUUUCUGAAGAGCAAGUGGGUUUUUGUAAGACAACGGGAAGAAGGAAAAUUUCACCAGAGGUGCUGGAUGAGAUGAGAAGGUACUUGCUGUUGGCAACAGAGGAAGAUAAAGUUAUCCGCUUUGAUCGUGUUAAAUCUUCUGUUGCUGAAGCUGAGAAAGAUCCUCUCCUUCAGAAGACGAUGUUGCGUCUAGAGGCUCCUACUAUUUUCACUGAUCAGGUGGAUAAAGGAAAAGGCAUUGUAUUUGAUUUUGACCUCAACUCUGUAGCAGAGUUGGAACAGCAAGGUCAAGGAGGGGAGUUGAAACUGAUGGCUUCUGCGUUUAAGGCUGGUAAUGCGGGGAAGGGACUGCAGGUGGCAUCUUUUAAGCAGUCUAAGAAGCGGGAUGACCUUAUGAGAGAUGUUUGUUCUCCAUCAACUGAUUACCUUCAGGCUUCUUCCUCUAAGGACUUCAUUGGUUUAAAGGAUUCUUCUUUUUCUUUGGAUGUUAACUCAACGGAAUAUGGUCCUGGAUACCCUGUAUCUAAACCAUCCGGGGUUGCACAGAGAAAUUCUAAUCAAAGAAGAAGAAGACCUUAUAUUAAGAAAAGGAAGGAGCAGAAGGGUGGAUCAACGGGUAUCCUCCAUGAGUUAUAUGGAGAUAAGGAAGGAGAUGAAAGAACAGGGUCUAAGAGAUCAGCUUCUGGAGCAGGCUUCGAAGAUCACAGAGUUGUGUGGUGCAAAGAACCAAGGGUGAUCCCGAAUGAGGGAUCGCCGAAGUCUCAAUGA